GAGACAAGUAACUGACGAGUAAUAUUCAUCGACCAGCAGGUUUUUAUUUUUCUGAAUUUGUAUUUAAUGUCUAAACUGUAUACAAAUUCAAUUUAUGGUCUAAUGCCACGCUUUCAUAUUCCAUGUCGUUACUUUGACCGAGGCAAAAUCAUCAACGAUCUAUCUGGAAAAACAAUGUAAAAUCUAGCUAUAUAAGCAAAGCGUGUGGUUUCCCAUUUUCAUUUUAAUUUUUUUUUUCUUCUCGCUUUUCUUUUCAUCUAACCAUAUAUAUAUAACAAUGAGACUUAUUACGUUAGCUAUUUUGGCUUCUGGUUUUGCACCUGGAUUGUUAGCUUUCAAUGCAUCUAAGAGAGAAAGCGACACCUGUACUAACAAUGGUAUCGCUGGCGCUAUGUUCACUAGAUUUACUGGUAUUUUCUUUGGUGAUUUCACUACGACAGGCGGUCAAGAUAUUUUAGGCCCACUUGCUGUGAAGGGAAAAUUCUCUUCUUCCACUUAUACUGUCAACGGUAACCACGCUGGAGACUGUUCUCACGUUGAUACCAGUUUGGAGGGCUACGGUCUUGUUGUUGGUGGUAAAGUUGAGGCAAGAGAUGUCCAUGUUCACGGUGCUAUUUUCCUUCCUGCUGGAUCCGACACUAGCGGUAUCCAAAAACUCGACAAUGCCUGUCCAUUGAGUACGGAUAAGGGUACUGGUAUUUUCAGUUUUGAUCAAGCUCAUGAUAAUGCCAUCUAUGCCUCAAGAAAAUUUGCCAAUUACGCUCCCAGUCUUCUUUUGAAUGCCGAUGGUAAACUUUCCUCAGUGGGUGGACAAACCGAUGGUUUUGAUGUCAUUACCUUCAACAAUUGUAAUAACCAACAGUGUAACUUACAUCCUGGAUUAAUGUCUGAUCCUAGAGCUAUCCUCUUUGGUCAAGGAAAUUGGAAUGGUCCUAGAGAUAUGUCUUUUCCUUCAAAAUUGAUCCUCAACAUCCCCGUUGAUAGUGGUUCCAUUGAACUUGCUGGUAAUCAACCAAGCAUGGGCAUGUCUCCUUGUGGCACCAUUUAUAAUUUCUAUCCAGCUGAUUCUACAGGAAAGUACUCCAGCGGCGGAUUCAUCGUGAAACGUAACACGGGCGGUCAAUUGAGUGGUUUGAUUUUAGCACCAGAAGGUAACAUCAAGGAUGGCAGCACUGGUAAUUUUGCUGGUCUCACCAUUGCUAAUGAUUAUAGCUGGGCUGGAAAUAACGGCGUUGAACUUCAUGAUUACAAGGCUGUCGGUGGUGAUUGUGAUGGCUACACUCAUUGUUUCCCUUUGACUAACACUACCACACCUCCCUACCCUGGUACAACUACAACCACUACAUCUACCACCACCACUGUUCCAGUAACCACCACCACCACAGUUUCAGUUACAACUACCACCGAUAGUACCGCUUCCACUACCACUGUACCUGCUACUACCACUGAUAGUACCACUAUUGUCAGCACUACUACUGUACCCGCUACUACCACUGAUACUACUACUGUUGUCACCACUACUACUGUACCUCCAACCACUGAUACCACUAGUACAGUUACUAGCACCAGCACUUCCACUAGCUCAAGUACCACCACAACCCCCUUAGUGUCUACUACUACUGAUAGCACCACUACUACUCUCACUAGCACUAUCACCUCUACCACCCCUCCUAGUGGUACUACAACCACUCCUCCUAGCGGUACUACCACCCCUCCCACAUGUACAAGAACCGUUACCAAGACAUCCUGUUCAACUGUCAAGCAUAGUCAGACAACCAUCGGCAAGCCCCAAAAGACAUGUUCUGUCACCAAGACUCAUACUGCUUCUACCACCCCCGCCAUUCACACCACCACUACCUCUCACAAGAAGCACACUACUACAACUAAGAAGCAUACUACCUCCAAGAAGCAUACUACUAGCAAGAAACACACUACCACCAAGAAGCACACUACUACUACCAAGAAGCAUACUACCACUAGCAAGAAGCACACCACUUCUGUUCAUAAGAAUCCUCAUACCAGCACCAAGAAGCAUACAACAACUACCAAGAAACACACUACCACCAAGAAACAUACUACUACCAAGCCUCACACUACCACCAAAAAGCACACUACUAAGCAUACCACCAAGCCCCAUACUACUGGCACUAGCCUUGAGUGUUGUUUAUAUGAAGAAGUAGAGACUUUUGUUUGUGCUUUUUAAAGAGUAAUUUUGUUGAUAUCUUAGACUCAUCUCAACAUCAAAUAUAAAUCAUACUACAUUAAUCCCUUUUUUUUUUACACAAAAUAAUAAAAAAAAAACAUCAUUUUAACAUUUUAUGGGA